GCAUCCUCAUACUCUACGAUGCUUCUUCUUUCCACCUAGGAACCCUCCAUGAAACCUCCUAUACUAUCUCCCCAUCCAAAUUAUUUUCACCCUUUUAUAAAUCAUUCCCCCCUCACUCCUUUAUUUCCACUCAAAUAUUCCAUCUGAAUUCUUUACAUUUCUUGCAGUCAAUUCCUUGAUUACUUAUCCAACUCAAGUCUAAAAUGGCAUCUCUUGAAUUCAUACGCCAACACCUUCUUGAUGAUUCUAAUUCCAUACAAGAAAACUCUUCAAAUUACUUUGAGUUUGAAACAAAGCCACAGAUUAUUAACACAAACCCUGUAAAACCAACUAGUUUUAGUGAAAGAAAACCUUCACUGAACAUUGCUAUCCCAAAAGUAAUCAAGAAAGUUGAGUACUUUGAGAGUGGCAAUGUUCGCAACGGUACAGUAUGUGACAGGGAAGUUGAAGAUUCCGGUGACCGGAAGCAUUACCGGGGUGUUAGGCAACGUCCCUGGGGGAAGUUCGCAGCGGAGAUUCGUGACCCCAAUAGAAAAGGGACACGGAUGUGGCUAGGGACUUUUGACACGGCGGUGGAGGCGGCGAAAGCUUACGACAGGGCGGCGUUUAAGCUGAGAGGCAGCAAGGCUAUACUGAAUUUUCCACUUGAAAUUGGAAUAUCUAACCCCUUGCCGGAAAACGAUGCUCAGGUGAAGGCUUGCGGGAAAAGGGUGAGAGGAAUUGGGAGUGAAGAGAGAGAAAAGAAGGAGGUGAAGAGAGAGGAGGUGCACGAAUUACCGGCUGCCGCAGUGCCUUUAACGCCGUCAAGUUGGACGGGCGUUUGGGAAGGUGGAGAUAUGAAAGGUAUUUUCGAAGUGCCGCCAUUGUCACCGUUCUCUCCCCAUCCAAGUUUGGGUUGCUCAAGGCUUAUGGUUUAAUAAUUCGGUGGACUUAAAUGAACCCGACGCUAAAUGUCUGGGGUCUUUCUAGCAUUAAGAAAAAUGUUGGGGCAGUUGAAGUUAAGGGUACGAAAGAUUGAUACCUCCAUCUCUUCAACUUCCCUAGGUGUACAUCUAGCAUCAUCCUAAAAAAAUAGGGUUAGCACCUAUCUUAUGAAAGUAAACUAAUUUUCGUAUUUUGAAAUCCAAUUUUUUCAUUUGUGAUUUUUUUUUAAUUUUAAUUUUAAUUUUGAUCAUGUACAAUAAUUGUGUGUAUAAUAUGGCAACGGGGCAGGUUCCCCGCCUCGCCCAGAA